GCGGUGUCCCCGGUGCCGGUGACCGGAGGAGCGGGGAGCGCCGCGGCUGCCCCGGGGCGCUGCGCGGUGCCGCUGCCGGGGCGCUUAAAGCCCGGCUUUUGGGGAGAGAAACGCGGGGUUCGGUGUGCGGCUGAUGAGCUGUGUCAGAGGGGAAUGGAGCGGGUUCCGGGAGAAAAGGGCCGGGGUGCGGAGCUCCGGGCACGGCCGGGGCAGCGGGACCUCGGGAGGUGUUUCCCCGCUCUGCGGUGCCGUGGUUUAUGGACUGCGGGUUGAACCGGGGCUCGGCGGUGAUUGCUCCCGUGCCAGGGAAAAGCCUGUUCCUCCGGCCGUGGGGCAGCCCUCCUGUCUGAUGCCGCACUGGAGGCGGGGAGCGCCGCUAUGGAGUGCGGGGAUGGAGGCCACGCUCUGCAUCCACACGUGCCUUUGGCUCAGCGCUUCCUGGAUCCCCCUGGCCUCGCCGGCCCUGGACGCUGAGGGCAGCCACGGGAAGCUGACGUGGGCGGUCAGCCUGGAGGCACCCGAGGAGGAGCUGGAGCAGCGGGCAGAGGAGCUGGCCCGGACUGCGGGGCUGGUGAACAUGGGCCGUGUCGGGGAGCUCAAGGGCCAUUACCUCUUUGCCUACCAGCCCGACGGCCAUGCGGUGGCUGAGCACGAAGCCAUCAGGAGGUCCGUGGACACUUUGUUUGCACAGCACGACAGCGUGCGGUGGCACUCAGAACAGAAGCUUCUGAAGCGCUCCAAGCGCAGCCUGCACUUUAACGAUCCCAAAUACCCCCAGCAGUGGCAUCUGAACAACCACAAGAGCCCCGGCAAGGACAUCAACGUCACGGGCGUGUGGGAGCGGAACGUGACGGGGCGCGGGGUCACGGUGGUGGUGGUGGACGACGGCGUGGAGCACACCAUCAAGGACAUCCAGCCAAACUACAGCCCAGAGGGCAGCUAUGACCUGAACUCCAACGACCCUGACCCCAUGCCUCACCCCGACGAGGAGAACGGGAACCACCACGGCACGCGCUGCGCCGGGGAGAUCGCGGCCGUGCCCAACAACAGCUUCUGCACCGUGGGCGUCGCCUUCGGCAGCCGCAUCGCGGGCAUCCGAGUGCUGGACGGGCCCCUCACGGACAGCAUGGAGGCCAUUGCCUUCAACAAGCACUAUCAGAUCAAUGACAUCUACAGCUGCAGCUGGGGUCCCGACGACGAUGGGAAGACUGUGGAUGGCCCCCACCAGCUGGGAAAGCACGGGGUGAUCGCCGGUCGCCGCGGCUUCGGGAGCAUCUUCGUGGUGGCCAGUGGCAACGGGGGCCAGCACAGUGACAACUGCAACUACGAUGGAUACGCCAACUCCAUCUACACUGUCACCAUAGGAGCUGUGGAUGAGACUGGCUCCAUGCCCUUCUAUGCUGAGGAGUGUGCCUCCAUGCUGGCUGUCACCUUCAGCGGUGGGGACAAGAUGAUGAGGAGCAUUGUGAUACGAGGACCGUCACGCCAAGUGGGACACGAACCAGGCUGGCUUCAGCCACAGCCACCAGCAUGGCUUCGGCCUGCUCAACGCCUGGAGGCUGGUGAAUGCUGCCAAGAUCUGGGAGUCCGUGCCCUACCUGGCCUCGUACGUGAGCCCCGUGCUGAAGGAGGGCAGGAGCAUCCCCUGGCUCCCUCAGGAGCUGGAGGUGGCCUGGAAUGUGACCCCUGCUGACCUGCAGCUGUCUGGCAUGAGGACCCUGGAGCACGUGGCUGUCACUGUCACCAUAACCCACCCUCGCCGUGGCAACCUGGAGAUCCGGCUGCUGUGCCCCAGCGGGAUGAUGUCCCUGAUCGGCACCACCCGCAGCAUGGACUCGGACCCCAAUGGCUUCUCUGACUGGACCUUCUCCACGGUGCGCUGCUGGGGCGAGGAGGCGCAGGGCACCUACAGGCUGCUCAUCAGGGACAUCGGGGACGACAGCCUGAGGCCGGGCACCUUGAGGCAGUGGCAGCUGACCCUGUAUGGCUCCUCCUGGUCCCCAGCAGACAUGAAGGAGAGGCAGAGGUAGGGCACCACGUCCCCCAGGGGUAGAACACCCCGUCCCCAGGUUGGAGGGAGCCAGGAGAGGGAGGAUGAGGAGUUCAUCCCUGCCUCCCUGUGAGCAGUGGCUGGGUUG